UUGUGACGUAAUCUUUCUGCGCCAGCUAGACACACGUGUUGUGUUUUCAAUAAGCGGCUGGUUGUAUCGUUAACCUGAAACCCAUUACUACAUUGGACAUCAAAAAAAGGAUUUAAAAUGGGCAAAAAACUAAAGGUCGGAAAGACCAGAAAAGAUAAAUUUUACCAUUUGGCAAAGGAGACGGGAUACAGAUCCCGUUCGUCUUUUAAGCUCAUCCAGCUGAACAGAAAAUUCCAGUUUCUACAGAAAGCCAGGGCUGUGGUGGACCUCUGCGCUGCUCCGGGUGGCUGGUUGCAGGUGGCAUCUAAGUUUAUGCCCGUGUCCAGUCUUAUUAUUGGUGUGGACCUGGUACCCAUUAAACCCAUCCCCAACGUGGUGGCUCUGCAGGAGGACAUCACCACUGAGAAGUGCAGACAGGCUCUGAAAAAGGAGCUCAAGACCUGGAAGGUGGACGUGGUCCUCAACGACGGAGCCCCCAAUGUCGGAGCCAACUGGGUGCAUGAUGCCUUUUCUCAGGCCAACCUCACCCUCAUGGCUCUGAAGCUGGCCUGUGAGUUUCUGGCCAAAGGUGGGAGCUUUGUCACCAAGGUGUUCCGCUCCAAAGACUACCAGCCACUCAUCUGGAUUUUCCAGCAGUUCUUCAAGAAGGUCCAGGCCACCAAGCCCCAGGCCUCGCGUAACGAGUCUGCCGAGAUCUUCGUCGUCUGCCAGGGCUUUCUUGCCCCAGAUAAAAUCGAUAAUAAAUUCUUCGACCCCAAAUAUGCCUUCAAAGAGGUGGAGGUUCAAGUUAAGACUGUUAAGGAGCUCGUCACAACAAAGAAACCAAGGGCGGAGGGAUAUGAAGAUGGAGACCUCACACUCUACCACACCUUCAAUGUCUCAGAGUUCCUGCGGGUGGAGAACCCUGUUGACUUCCUCAGCAAAGCCAACGCGAUCACCUUUGAUGACGCCGAGCUUGAGUCUCACUCCGCCACCUCGGAGGAGAUCAAGGAGUGUUGCCGUGACAUCAAAGUCCUCGGGCGGAAAGAGCUCCGCCUGCUGCUGUCCUGGAGGGCCAAGCUGAGGCGGAUUGAGGCCAAGAAGCUGAAGGAGGAGGCCAGCCUGACUGGCAAGGAGAUCAGUGACGAGAGUGACUCCGAUGGGCAGGAGGUGGAGGAGAAGACAGCAGGCCAGGCUGAAGACCCAGGCGAUGAAGAGGAGAGGGAGGAGGAGGAGAUGGACAAGAAGCUGGCAGAGCUGAAGGCAGAGGAGGUGGCUGAGCUCAAGCGUAAGAAGAAGAGGCUGCUGAAGGAGAACCGUAAGCAGAGAGAGAGGGUGGCGCUGAAGAUGGAUCUGCCAGGGGUGUCCAUCGCCGAUGGCAACGACUCCUCCAUGUUCUCCCUCAGCACCAUCAAGAAGGCCAAGGCCCUGUGUGAGAUCACUGGGGGGGACAUGAAGGCAGUGGACGCCAUACUGAAUGAAGAUGAGGAGGCUGAGGACCAUGUGUACUUCUCCGAUGAAGAAGAAGAUAAGAUCUCCCUGGCCUCCGAUCUGGACUCGGACGACAUGGAGGAGGUGGAGCAGAAGGAGAUGGAGAUGGAGAAAAAGCCCAAGAAAAAAGUGUCAUUCUGUGCCCCUGAUGAGGAGGAGGAGGAAGGCAAAGACAACGAGCUGCUGGUUGACCUGGAGGAAAAAGAUGAGAAGACAGAACGAGAGACCAGCAUGUGGUUCAGCAAGGGGAUCUUCUCUGAGCUGGAGCUGGAUGGAGAAACUGAUGCAUUGAGGGAGAUCAGACAGACGCAGAUACUUCAGAGCAAACAGGCCACAGGAAAAGGCAGAAAGAGGAAAGCUGAAGAUGAGCCAUCAGCUGAGGAGGAAGAGGAGGGGCCUUCACAGGAAGUGCCCGCCGGGGGAAAGGAAGAGGAGAGUGGGAGUGACUCUGAUGAUGACACAAGCGAUGAUGAGAGAGACAUCGCUCAGAUGAAGAGGUCAGCGGGGUCACGCGGUGACCAGGGGUCAGCGGGGUCACGCGGUGACCAGGGAGACGGCGAUGGCGAGGACUUUAAGGUCGUACCGGUGGAGAGCACCAGUAAGAAGGCGCGCAUCCUCAACCCAGAGGGACUGGCCCUCGGCACAGAGCUCGCCACCUCUAAGAAGAGAAGCAGAGACCUGAUUGAUGGGUCCUUCCACAGGUUCGCAAGCUCUGAGGGUAUCACUGGAGUCCCGAUGUGGUUUGUGGAUGAUGAGAAGAAGCACCGGAAGAGGCCAAUCCCCGUCUCCAAGGAGAUGGUGGAGGAGUACAAACAGCGCUGGAAGGAGAUCAACGCCCGGCCCAUCAAGAAAGUGGCCGAGGCCAAGUCCCGCAAGAAGAGAAGGUUGCUGAAGAAGAUGGAGACGGCUAAGAAGAAGGCGGAGGCAGUGGUGGACACUGUGGACAUCUCUGAGAGGGAGAAGAUGGCACAGCUCAGAAGCAUCUACAAGAAGGCGGGCGUGGGCAGGGAGAAACGCGAGGUGACGUACCUGGUGGCGAAGAAAGGGGCUGGGCGAAAGGUGUCGCGUCCGGCCGGCGUGAAGGGCGCGUUCCGUGUGGUGGACUCCCGCAUGAAGAAGGACCUGCGGGGCGAACAGAGGGCGAGUGGAGGCAGGGGCAGGAGAGGGGCACCAGGUGGAGGAAGAGGUAGAGGAGGAAGCGGAGGAGGUGGAGGAAGAGGAGGU